UCUCACUCUCCCGACUUGCUGCAUCCAACAUUUAUUUCUACUCUUCAUAGCACAAAAGUGGUACAAAUAUAGGAAUUAAGGUCAAAACAUAAGCCCAAAUAUUACUAAUUCUUCGUUUUCAAUUUUCUUGGACAUCUGAAAACGAGCAUAAAUCAUAUUUACCCUAUUUACCUCAUAAUUUGAUCACAUUUUCCGACAAACGCUCGUCUUGUUUCCGCUCAGGACAACAGAGUCUUUGAGACUACAGUCGUCAGUGGCAAGUGUCAACUGACUUUCAGCCGGGAUAUUGUUAUUAUUUUCCUCUGGAGAAGCAAAUUCGGGCUGCGGCCCUGAUGGGACCUCAAUUUUCCUGGAAUUUCCCGAUUCAUCACCUGUGAUCCGGCCAGAAGAUGUUAGUGCACGAGGGCAGAGUGUGUCUGGUGAACUUUUUGGUGCCAGUUGCUGUGAUUUUCGCCGUCGCCAUACCGGAAUUCCGCUUCGAAUACACACCGGACAAUUGGAUGGUGAUCUUCUGGAGCCCGCUGCUGCUCUACAUCAUCAUCAACUUCAUCAUCCGCUUCUACUACACAGAAUCCAGCGACUACCAAAUUGCUGUCCGGGCGUGUUUCUUGGGCUACGUCUUCUCGAUGGGGGUGUUCAUCUUCUUCCUGGCCCCCGAGCACAUCCGCACCUUCGGCCUGUACGCCGCCAUCAUGGGCACUUUCCACUGGACGGAGUACCUGGGAAUCGCAGUGUCCAACCCAAAGACUCUCUCGCCGGAUUCCUUCGUUCUGAAUCACUCGACGCAUUAUCUCGUGGCUGCAGCCUCGAGUUGGGUGGAAUUCUUCCUGGAAUCCUACUUCAUACCUGACAUGAAAACUUGGCGUACAUUUUGGAUUAUUGGUUUCCUGAUGUGCUUCUUGGGAGAUUUCCUGCGGAAAAUCGCUAUGAUUACAGCUCACACAAACUUCACGCACAUUGUGCAAUUCGUGAGGGAUGAAGAGCACAAAUUGGUCACAAACGGAGUCUACGGUUGGAUGCGGCAUCCUUCUUACGUCGGAUGGUUCUGGUGGUCAAUCGGAACGCAGAUUGUUCUGGUGAAUCCACUGUGCAUCAUUUUGUACGCAAUAAUCAGCUGGAUGUUCUUCCGGGAUCGCGUCUUCGUGGAGGAAAUCACGCUGCACAAUUUCUUCGGUGAGGACUACGUGGAGUACCAGAAGAGAGUGGGCACGGGAUUGCCUCUCAUCCGUGGCUACCACCAGGGAAUGCCAGUGACGCCUCACUAGCACGCCG